UUCUGCCGCUGGCAACAAACAUUCAUUUUAUGAAAUUUUUUGUUUUCUAAUGUUGUUUGCUCUAGACUUUAUUAAAACCUACAUGGCUAAAGUAAUUUUAUCUAAGCACAGGAGAGCAAAACAGUGGGCUGUUUUUUCUCGUUUGUGGCAUAUAUAUGAUGCAAAAUGGCAGAAUCCGUUUGAUUCAGCGGAUCUCAUAGCGAAGUAUUUGUCUGGAAAACAUAAACCAAUUUUCCACACUUUAAGCGACUGUGGUGAUCAUGUUGUUGUUAUAAAUACUGCAGAUAUUGCUAUGCCGGGUACAGAAUGGAAGUAUAGAAUGUAUCAACACAAUGACAUGCGGGGUGCUAAAAGUUCAUUUACUCCUGCAUGGGAACUUCAUAAUAAAGAUGCAACCAAAGUAUUAUGGAAGGCUGUUUAUAAAGCAUGCGGGACGAGUUUACUUCGUCAUACUAGAAUGGAACGACUGCAUCUCUUCCCUGGUAGUGAAAUUCCUGAAGAAAUUAAAGAAAAUAUAUGCUCACAAAUACGACAGUUGCGACCGGCGCCGAAAAGAUUAAGUGAAUAUUCACAAGAAGAACUCGAUCAAUUUCCUAAAUUGUUUGAAUGGCCAGAAAAUUAUUCUAAAUUAUGAAGUGGUGACAUUUUUCUUCAUUUCGAUUGUGUUAACAUUUAAAAAGUUGUCAUAUGUUCAAUAAAACUGUAGUCUGUAAUUA